AUGCAUAAAACGAGUUUAGCGGUUCAUCGCGAGCCCCGAAAAACCGCGGGGAAUCGCAUGUCCAAGUUGCUGGACGCCGAGGAAGAGGACGAGUUCUACAAGACCACCUAUGGAGGAUUCAACGAUGAAUCGGGAGAUGACGAGUACCAUGAAGAUCAUUCAGACACGGAAGAUGAAGUUGACAGUGAUUUUGACAUUGAUGAAGGGGAUGAGCCAGACAGCGCGCAGGAGGACGAUGCGCCUCGAAGGAAGAGUCGAGUUGUGACUAAAGCAUAUAAGGAGCCUGUGAAGGUGGCCAAGCCCAAGCCGCGCCCCAAAAGACCCACCGAGGAAACAAAGAAGGCUGAGAAGAAACCCAAAGCAGAGCUGAAGCGGAGGAUCCCGCAAGAAUUUCAAGACAGCGGAGCCCGCAAGUCUGUGCGACAGUCCACCAGCGAGCAUACCCGCAAGACCAACCUGCGCCUGCAGGAGCGCCAGGACGCACCUCGACGCCGUAGGGGGGCGCAUCGCGACCGACCCCUCACCCAAGAGGAACUUCUAGCUGAGGCUAAGAUCACUGCUGAACUAAACAUUCGAUCACUGGAAAACUACGAGCGUCUAGAAGCAGACAAAAAGAAGCAAGUCCACAAAAAGCGAAGAUUCGAAGGCCCGACCAUCCGCUACCACUCUGUCCUGAUGCCAAUCGUCUCGUCGUCUCUUCUAAAAGAGGAGAACGUCGACGUAGAAGGGUUGGACCAGGACGUUCCGCCGACGGCGCCGGCGAACCCCGCCACGCCAUCCCAGCCCCAGCAGCCCGCCGGCGGUCUCUGCUCGCGCACCUUUGUGACAUUCAGUGACGACGAGGCGUUCGAUUGCGCCUUCCCAAGCGGGGCUCAGGCAAGUCCUCAGAUCCCAGUGCAGGAAAUCUGCCCCGUCACCCACAAGACGGCGCUGUACCGGGACCCCGUCACAGACAUCCCGUACGCCAACGCGCGGGCCUUCCGCAUUAUCCGCGAGGCCUACCGUAAGUAUGUGGCCAUUCACGGGUUCCCCAAUGCGUCGGGAGGGAUGUCGGGAAGGGACGCGGCUUCCAGAGGCACGCGCCACAGGAUGGUGGCCAAGCAGAGCACACUCGCCACGUAA